CUCUCUCACACUCUCUCUGUGUGUCAUAUAUAUACAUACAUAUAUCUGUAUCUCUCUCUCUCUCUCACUCAUUCUCUCUUUGUGUCAUAUAUAUCCACAUACCCAGCCGUCUCCCCUAUUUAGUCGGCUGCUUUUCGGUUUUUUCCGUUUUAAUCUUUCCUAUAUUUACUCUAACUAAAUUAAAUAUAUUCUAUCCAUAUCAAUCAAAUCAAAUCCAGAUCUGAUUAUUAUCUGAUAAAAACACUAAACAUUUAACACUUUCAAACCACCAAAAAAGAAAAAAAACAAAACAUUUAGCUGGCAACAGAGGCUGUUAAUAACAAUAAUGUCGGUGGCUUUAAACCACUCUGUUUUGUCAACCCGACCCGACCCAGAUUUGGCUAACCGUUUUGUUACUCGUCCUGUAAAUGGGUUAGCCCGGGUUGGUGCUGGGAAGACACACCGGCCAUGGGGUGUGUUGAAACAGAGUAGUUUGUUGGGGAAGAAGUUUUAUGGGUCCAGAGUGGUGGUACGUGGGUCGGGUCAUGACCCGAAAGUCACUAAAAGGACUGUGGUUCGUGGGUCGGGUAUGUCUUUAGUACCUGAGAAGCCUUUGGGUCUUUAUGAUCCAAAGUUCGAUAAAGAUGCAUGUGGGGUUGGUUUUGUAGCUGAAUUAUCAGGCAUACCUAACAGAAAUACUGUGACUGAUGCAAUUGAGAUGUUGGUGAGGAUGUCACAUAGAGGUGCAUGUGGAUGUGAGACUAAUACUGGUGAUGGUGCUGGAAUUCUUGUUGGUCUUCCACAUGAUUUCUACAAGGAGGUGGCGAAGGAUGAAGGGUUUGAGCUACCACCACCCGGGAAAUAUGCAGUUGGAAUGUUCUUCUUGCCUACUUCCGAUACUAGAAGGGAGCAGAGCAAGAUUGUAUUCACAAAGGUUGCCGAGUCACUCGGGCACACCGUUCUUGGGUGGCGUACUAUCCCAACUGAUAAUUCUGGUUUGGGAAAGUCUGCUCUACAAACAGAACCAGUCAUUGAACAAGUGUUUCUUACACCUACUUCUAGAUCAAAAGCUGAUUUUGAGCAGCAGAUGUACAUACUAAGAAGGGUUUCUAUGGUAGCCAUCCGAGCUGCAUUGAACCUUCAACAUGGUGGGGUAAAGGAUUUCUAUAUAUGUUCUUUAUCCUCUAGAACUGUUGUAUAUAAAGGACAGUUAAAACCAAACCAGUUGAAAGAUUAUUAUCAUGCGGAUCUUGGGAAUGAAAGGUUUACGAGCUACAUGGCCCUGAUCCAUUCUCGGUUUUCAACCAACACUUUUCCUAGUUGGGAUCGUGCUCAGCCUAUGCGUGUACUUGGCCAUAACGGGGAAAUUAACACACUUAGAGGGAAUGUUAACUGGAUGAAGGCACGAGAAGGACUUCUAAAAUGCAAGGAGCUUGGCCUCUCGAAGAAUGAGAUGAAGAAACUCCUUCCCAUUGUGGAUGCCAGCUCAUCAGAUUCAGGUGCUUUCGAUGGGGUUCUUGAGCUUUUAGUACGAGCUGGAAGAAGUCUUCCUGAGGCUGUAAUGAUGAUGAUUCCUGAAGCCUGGCAGAAUGAUAAGAAUAUGGAUCCUCAAAGGAAGGCCUUAUAUGAAUAUUGCUCUGCGUUAAUGGAGCCAUGGGAUGGUCCUGCUCUAGUUUCAUUUACUGAUGGCCGAUACCUCGGAGCUACACUCGACAGAAAUGGACUCCGCCCUGGUCGUUUUUAUGUUACUCACAGUGGGCGGGUUGUAAUGGCUAGUGAAGUUGGAGUUGUUGAUAUUCCACCUGAGGACGUGUCUAGGAAAGGUAGACUUAACCCAGGCAUGAUGCUUCUUGUGGACUUUGAUAAACAUACAGUUGUAGACGAUGAAGCCUUGAAGAAACAAUAUUCACGUGCAAAACCGUAUGGCACAUGGCUUGAGAAACAAAAGAUAGAGCUUAAGAACAUCGUUGAAUCUGUUACUAAAUCUUCCCGAGUCUGCCCUCCUAUUGCUGGGGUGUCAGAGGGGACUCCUGAGGAUGAUAACAUGGACAACAUGGGUAUUCGAGGUCUCUUGGCCCCAUUAAAGGCUUUUGGUUACACAGUUGAGUCCUUGGAGAUGCUUUUGCUGCCAAUGGCUAAAGAUGGCGUUGAAGCUCUUGGUUCAAUGGGAAACGAUGCUCCAUUGGCUGUGAUGUCCAACAGAGAGAAGCUAACAUUCGAGUAUUUUAAACAAAUGUUUGCACAAGUAACAAACCCACCUAUUGAUCCUAUAAGGGAGAAGAUUGUGACUUCCAUGGAAUGCAUGGUGGGACCUGAAGGUGAUCUUACAGAGACAACAGAAGAGCAAUGCCACCGACUCUCAUUGAAAGGGCCACUCUUGUCCAUAGAAGAAAUGGAGUCUAUUAAAACUAUGAAUUACAGAGGCUGGCGAAGCAAAGUUCUUGAUAUAACCUACCCCAAAGAACUGGGACGAAAGGGUUUGGAAGAAACCCUAGAAAGAAUCUGCUCAGAGGCACACAAUGCCAUUAAAGAGGGCUAUACCACAUUGGUCCUUUCUGACAGAGCCUUUUCAUCAAAGCGAGUGGCAGUAAGCUCUCUCUUGGCUGUUGGUGCAGUCCAUCAUCAUCUUGUUAAAAAACUUGAACGAACCAGGGUUGCAUUGAUGGUUGAAUCUGCCGAGCCACGUGAAGUGCAUCAUUUUUGUACGCUGGUUGGCUUUGGGGUUGAUGCCAUUUGUCCAUAUUUAGCUGUUGAAGCCAUUUGGAGGAUGCAGGUUGACGGUAAGAUCCCACCAAAAUCAAACGGUGAGUUCCACUCUAAAGCGGAAUUAGUUAAGAAAUACUAUAAAGCAAGUCACUAUGGAAUGCAAAAGGUUCUUGCAAAAAUGGGAAUAUCAACUUUGGCUUCAUAUAAAGGUGCCCAAAUCUUUGAGGCAGUUGGGUUAUCAAGUGAAGUAAUGGAAAGAUGCUUUGCUGGCACACCAAGUAGAGUUGAAGGAGCCACAUUUGAAGCACUUGCCGGUGAUGCUCUUCAGUUGCACAAUUUAGGUUUUCCAUCCCGUGAAUACCCUCCUAAUAGUGCAGAGGCUGUUGCUUUACCAAACCCUGGGAACUACCAUUGGAGGAAAGGUGGUGAAGUUCAUUUGAAUGAUCCUCUUGCCAUUGCAAAACUGCAAGAGGCUGCCAGGGGUAACAGUGUGGCUGCAUAUAAAGAGUAUUCAAAGCGUAUUCAUGAGUUAAAUAAAGAAUGCAAUCUUCGUGGACUGUUGAAGUUUAAGGAGGGAAGUGUUAAGGUUCCUCUGGAAGAGGUUGAACCUGCUAGUGAAAUAGUGAAACGAUUCUGUACAGGUGCCAUGAGUUAUGGGUCUAUUUCGUUGGAGGCUCACACCACCCUUGCCAUAGCUAUGAACAAAAUUGGUGGCAAAUCUAAUACAGGCGAGGGAGGUGAAAAUCCAUCUCGUUUGGUGCCACUACCUGAUGGUUCAAUGAAUCCAAAGAGGAGUGCUAUCAAGCAGGUUGCUAGUGGUCGAUUUGGAGUUUCUAGUUAUUACCUUACAAAUGCAGAUGAACUGCAGAUUAAGAUGGCACAGGGAGCAAAGCCCGGUGAAGGUGGUGAACUUCCAGGACACAAGGUUAUUGGUGACAUUGCUACUACAAGAAACUCCACAGCUGGGGUUGGGUUAAUUAGCCCUCCUCCACAUCAUGAUAUUUAUUCAAUUGAAGAUCUUGCCCAGUUGAUUCAUGAUCUGAAGAACGCAAAUCCUUCUGCCCGAGUUAGUGUGAAGUUGGUCUCAGAAGCUGGUGUUGGAGUAAUUGCUAGUGGAGUUGUCAAGGGCCACGCAGACCAUGUUUUGAUUUCAGGUCAUGAUGGUGGAACCGGGGCAUCAAGGUGGACUGGAAUCAAGAGUGCCGGGCUCCCUUGGGAGCUUGGUCUAGCUGAGACACAUCAAACCCUUGUUGCGAAUGACCUUCGUGGACGAACAGUUCUCCAGACCGAUGGUCAGCUAAAAACUGGAAGAGAUGUAGCCAUUGCUGCCCUCCUUGGAGCUGAGGAGUUCGGUUUCAGUACUGCACCACUCAUUACCCUUGGUUGCAUCAUGAUGAGAAAGUGUCACAAAAACACAUGUCCAGUCGGGAUAGCUACACAAGAUCCUGUUCUACGUGAGAAGUUUGCAGGAGAACCUGAACAUGUUAUCAACUUCUUCUUUAUGUUAGCAGAGGAGAUGAGGGAAAUCAUGUCCGAGAUGGGAUUUCGAACUGUUAAUGAAAUGGUGGGACGUGCGGAUAUGCUGGAAGUUGAUAAAGAAGUAACAAAAAACAAUGAGAAAUUAAAGAACAUUGAUCUGUCACUAUUACUUCGACCUGCAGCUGACAUCAGACCAAAUGCAGCCCAAACUUGUGUUGAGAAACAAGAUCAUGGUUUAGACAUGGCCCUUGAUCAACGGCUAAUAACACUUGCAAAACCUGCCUUAGAAAAGGGUCUUCCGGUGUACAUCGAAUCGCCAAUAUGCAAUGUUAACCGUGCAGUAGGGACAAUGCUUAGCCAUGAAGUAACCAAGCGUUAUCAUUUACCAGGCCUCCCUACUGACACCAUUCAUAUCAAACUUAAUGGAAGUGCGGGCCAGAGUAUUGGAGCUUUUCUUUGCUCAGGAAUCCUGCUUGAGCUAGAAGGUGACAGCAAUGAUUAUGUUGGGAAAGGGUUGUCGGGUGGCAAGAUAGUGGUUUAUCCCCCAAAAGGAAGUGGAUUUGAUCCCAAGGAAAACAUCGUGAUUGGAAAUGUUGCUCUUUAUGGGGCAACAAGUGGGGAAGCUUAUUUUAAUGGGAUGGCAGCGGAACGAUUUUGUGUUCGAAAUUCCGGUGCUAAAACAGUAGUUGAAGGUGUCGGUGACCAUGGGUGCGAGUAUAUGACUGGUGGGAUUGCUGUAAUAUUGGGGAAAACUGGAAGGAACUUUGCUGCUGGUAUGAGUGGAGGAAUUGCAUAUGUUCUUGAUGUUGACUCGAAAUUCCGUUCAAGAUGCAACUCUGAGCUCGUUGAUCUUGAUAAGGUUGAAGAUGAGGAUGAUAUUAUGACUCUAAGAAUGCUAAUUCAGCAACACCAGCGACACACGAACAGCCAGCUGGCGAAGGAAGUCCUUGCAGACUUUGACAAUCUUUUGCCGAAGUUUAUCAAGGUAUUCCCAAGGGACUAUAAGCGCAUUCUUGCCACCAUGAAAGCAUCCGACAUUGCUAAAAAGGCUGCUGAGAAAGCUGCUGAAGAAGCUGAUAUUCGGGAAGAAGAUGAGUUGAAGGAGAAAGAUGCUUUUGAAGAACUUAAGAAGUUGGCAGCCAAGUCAGUGAAUCAGGUCAUUGAGACGGUUCUGGUCAAAGAGGUGGAACCCGAGAAACCGACCACCCGACCAUCUCGGGUUGAAGAUGCGGUAAAACACCGUGGUUUUGUUGCAUACGAGCGUGAGGGAGUAUCAUACCGAGACCCGGCUAUUCGGAUGAAUGAUUGGAAUGAAGUUAUGGAGGAGACAAAACCCGGUCCACUCUUGAAAACUCAAUCUGCACGGUGCAUGGAUUGUGGCACGCCUUUUUGUCAUCAGGAAAACUCCGGUUGUCCUCUUGGCAACAAGAUUCCAGAAUUCAAUGAAUUAGUUUACCAGAACAGAUGGCGUGAGGCAUUAGAUCGACUUCUUGAGACAAAUAAUUUCCCCGAGUUCACAGGCCGAGUAUGCCCUGCUCCAUGUGAAGGUUCUUGUGUGCUUGGAAUAAUUGAAAAUCCCGUUUCAAUAAAAAAUAUUGAGUGCUCAAUUAUAGACAAAGCCUUUGAAGAAGGAUGGAUGGUGCCUAGACCCCCCGUUAAGAGAACAGGGAAAAAGGUUGCUAUUGUUGGAAGUGGGCCAGCUGGGUUGGCAGCGGCUGAUCAACUCAAUAGGGUCGGCCAUACAGUGACCGUGUUCGAGCGGGCGGACCGAAUAGGUGGACUCAUGAUGUACGGAGUUCCUAACAUGAAGGCUGACAAAAUCGAUGUGGUUCAAAGGCGGGUUGACCUUAUGUCCAAGGAAGGUGUGAAUUUUGUGGUGAAUGCCAAUGUAGGAAGUGAUCCGUCAUUUUCCAUUGAGCGGCUACGUGAAGAUAAUGAUGCUGUUAUUUUAGCUGUGGGUUCCACCAAGCCAAGAGACCUGCCUGUUCCGGGACGUGAGCUAUCUGGAGUACAUUUUGCCAUGGAAUUUCUACAUGCAAAUACUAAAAGCUUGUUGGACAGCAAUCUUGAUGAUAACAACUACAUCACUGCCAAAGGUAAGAAGGUAGUUGUGAUCGGGGGAGGUGACACCGGUACAGAUUGCAUAGGGACUUCCAUACGACAUGGUUGCACCAGCAUUGUAAAUCUCGAACUUCUUCCUGAGCCACCACGUUCCCGAGCUCCUGGCAACCCUUGGCCACAGUGGCCUCGUGUAUUCCGUGUAGAUUACGGGCACCAGGAAGCUGCUACAAAAUUUGGCAAGGACCCACGGUCGUACGAGGUGUUAACUAAGAGGUUUAUUAGCGAUGAGAAUGGGGCAGUAAAAGGCUUAGAGAUUGUACGUGUUCAUUGGGAGAAGGAUGACUCUGGCCGGUUCCAAUUCAAGGAGGUUGAGGGUUCAGAAGAGAUUAUUGAGGCUGACCUUGUUUUGCUAGCCAUGGGCUUCCUUGGACCUGAAUCGACGAUACCAGAUAAACUGGGAUUGGAGAAAGACGGAAGAUCAAAUGUGAAAGCGGAGUACGGGAGAUUUGCUACCAAUGUAGAAGGUGUAUUUGCAGCUGGUGAUUGUCGAAGAGGACAGUCAUUGGUGGUGUGGGCCAUCUCGGAAGGAAGGCAGGCGGCAGCACAGGUGGACAAGUUCAUGAUGAAAGAUGGGAAGGAUCUUGAAGAACGGUUGCAGGAACAGAAGGGAAAGAGGGAACAACAGGCAGUUAGGACAUAAUAGGCACACAAAAGAUAAUAUUAUUAUUAUUAAAAAAAGAGGGUUAUAGAGGGGGUUAUGUGUGGAAAGUUUAGUUUUAUAUGUUGUUCUGCUCUUCUGUUUAUAGCCUUUUUUUUUUACCUAUUGGUUACUGCUUGUUUGAACUUUAAACAAAUAAAUGUACAGACGAGUCUGUUCUUUUUGUUAUUUAUGGAAAGGUAGCUUUGGCAUUUCAGUAA